AAGUUGCGCCCCAACGAUAUACUUCAGCUAUGAGUGAUGUAGAGGAUGAUGUAUCAGUUAAUUUUGACAUAUAUAUUGAAUUGAAAGAUGAAGAGCAGAUUGAUAUUGUUCCAGGCUUAACAUUUCCUAAUUGGGAUCAACUUAACCGGUAUACUAAAUUAUAUACAAGACAAAACAGCUUUGCAUCAAUUGUUGUUGGUUCUGAGUAUGAUGAUACUAUUCGAAGAAGAUGUUGUUAUGCAUAUGAACAUCAGG